GCCAUAUUUCCGAGUUUCUUCGAAAGCAUAUGAGGCAUUGUUUUUGGAUAGAAUCAUCGAAUUAAGAUCGGUCAAAGCUACGGACUUUAGCCGGUCUUGGAGAUCUUUUUUAAAACCAGUAUUUUCAAGCGUCUAGGGUUCAAGAAGCUGGCCCAACGGUUCGACACUUGAAGGAUUUUAGGUCGUCAUUAUCAAUUGCGACCAUGUCCAAAGGACAUAGUAGAGGUGUAUAUUCAACCGAGAAUAUGCGGUAGUCUGUACGCCCGACUAGAUCACUUGUUAAUUGCUUGAAGCGAGGACAAUAGAACUUAUCAUGGCAGCAGCGAGUGAAGCACCAGCCGAGGAAAGACUGAAACAACUUGAAAAUCUUUUCUCUUACGGAGGAAAAGAGAAAGGGUCUUACAGCACGGAGACCUUAUUAGACAUUUUACUGUUGUUGUACGAUGAGUGUUGUAAUUCUACCCUUCGUAGAGACAAAAAUAUCAGUGAAUUUAUUGAGAAUGUGAAGCCGAUAGCCACGAAGAUUAAAACUCUUCGUUUGCGCCGUGAAGAUUUUGAUCCACUAACCUUGAUUGGUAAAGGGGCGUUUGGAGAAGUGACUGUGGUUCGAAUGAAAUCCAAUGACAGAAUAUACGCUAUGAAGACUUUGAACAAAUGGGAAAUGUUGAAAAGAGCCGAGACUGCGUGCUUCAAAGAGGAGAGAGAUGUCCUUGUUUAUGGAGACAAGAAAUGGAUUACCACUCUGCAUUAUGCUUUUCAAGAUGCUGAUUAUUUGUAUUUUGUCAUGGAUUAGUACAGUGGAGGGGAUCUCCUCACUCUGCUCAGUAAAUAUGAAGAUCAUUUGCCAGAAGAAAUGGCCAAGUU